CCCAAGUCCCUCACAAGAGACACUUCAACCCUUCAAUCGUGACACUGGCCGAUUCAACCUCUUCAUAAUGGCUGAUACCAACAACCCUGCUGUUGUACCGCCAAAGCGAGCUCUUACUGAUUAUCCGCUCAUCGACUCGGACCCGCAUGUGCGACGGGUUUUCGGAUACGCGAGACCCUCAGACUAUGCAGUUGCCGGUGGAGCUGCUGCUGCAUCUCCGCUUUCAUUCUGGGUUAUGGAAAGGGUGAGCCCAUCACACGUGGGUAGAGGAGGAUUCUCCCCGGUGAUGCGUCUGGCGACAGCUGUCGGUGUUAUUGGCGGUCUACACAUCCUCUACCAGAGGUCGUGCAAUCGCUUCCAUGGAUUUACGGAGAACUCAAGAGAGGUUAAUAUGGAUAUGAAGGAAAUGGUAGACAAAGUUAAGAAGGGCGAGCCUCUCUAUGGUUCCUCGCAAGUAUCCACUUACCUACAGGGUGUAGCCGCUCGGAACUCCCGAUAUGCGAAUCUCUUCGUUCAGGUUAUUCCAUGGUUUAAUCUAGUCAACCAUGAACAUCAUGGUGUCGAUACGGCUAAAUACUAUCAGCAGGCUGAGCGGGAGCUUGAGGCUGAACGCCUUUCCAAGGCUGGAUCUUCUUGAGAAUCAUGUCGUGCGCAAAGGUGGAUCCAUUCGUUGCGUUACUUGGAGGGUGUUAUUUCCGUUCGAUGCGAUGCGUACGCAAGCUGAAAAUAUAGAAUUGUAUAGUUACGUCUGUCUUCUAGGGAUGUUGCUUACUCCAAUCGGUAUUGCAACCAUCUGUCUCUCCCAUCAGCGGGUCAGUGUCAACAUCGUCGAAUUUGGUGUUCAGCUCUCGAUUCUUUUUAGGUCGUGGUUUAGGCGCU